UGUGCCGGUAGAUGAAGGUCUGCUUCUAUCGAUGCUUCUGAAGGUGAUGAAUGCGAAGAAGACGUUGGAGCUCGGUGUCUUCACUGGUUAUUCUCUUCUCACUACUGCUCGUGCACUGCCUGCUGAUGGCAAAAUCUGGAACUCGGUUUCAAUUUCUACUUCAUGUCUCCUUUGGGUGACAGCCACAGCCACUCUUGGUAUCUUAUCCUCUUUACAAGCCAAAAGACUGUCACAUUAUGAAUUUGCUAAUUAGCUCUAAGUGUGGUGCUAAUCAUCUUAUUAAGAUUUUAAUCCCACACCUAAUGCAGGUUAGUGACGUUGCAUUUUCUCAUCCACAUGAUAGUAGAGAGACAAAUGUUAUUAGUGUGAUUAUUAAUGAAUCAACCACAACCCACUAGCAAUUAAUAGCUUGUUUGGAUGUACUUUUAAACUGACUGAAAGCGCUUUUAGGAAAAAUAGUUUUAGGUUCCAAAAGCAUUUGAAGCACCAGUUAUGUGUUUCUUCAAGAAAAUACUUAAAGUAAUUUUCCAAGAUUCACUUACAUUUUUAGUAAAUAUCAAUUCUAAAAACAUUUUCACCAAAAACGGUUUCAGUCAUUUUAAAAAACACAUCCAAACAAACUCUAAGACUUGUUGGGAAUCGUUCAGCGCUUUCAUAUAACAAAAAACAUAUGUGAUAACAUUUUGCAGAAAAAAUUGAAAAUAAUCCUUGAUUCAAAGACUUUGUAACUUUCUUACAUAAAGCGUUUAUAAGUGAUUUUUACAUAAACAUUUUGAAUUGGAUCUUAAAAUAUGUUUAAGACUGUUUCUAGAAGGGCUAAACGAUGCUUUCUACCAACUAAACACACUUGUGCGUACUAAAAAAAAAAACACUUGUUCGUUGUAACGAUUCCCAUACAAGCAUUUUCAAAUGAAUUUGUGGCACACUCUCCCAAAUAUCAUAAAAGAUCUUAAGUUCGAGUUACUUUCACGUUAAAAAAAAUGAAAAAGGCUAAUGCUCAAUCAAAAUGUUAAUGGGCCAAUCCAUAACUGAAGAUUUUCCAAAUAAAGUAAUGAAAGGCCCAACCUGGAAUGCUGCUAAUCAAAUGUUGCUAAUACAAAUUAGAACCUAAAACAGUUAACAGGGAAGGCAGAACCAUAUUCGUCAUUGCUUAGGAAUUAAGUCAAAGCAUGGCCAGUGCGGUACGGUGCGGUGCAAAAACAGGUGUGCACCUAUGAAUAAGAAACCCUAACUACAACAAUUUCUCCUCAAGUUUUUAUUCAAAUAAUAAAAGAGGAAAAAAAAAAAAAAAGAGAAAGACCGACCAAAAGCCACAAAAGCUCAAGGGUUGUAAAAACAAAAACCUGCAGAGAUCCUUGAACCCAAAGCUUGGACAAUACCUACCUUUUGGCACACUUGUCUUUUAAGCAAAACUCACACCCAAGAGGUCCACCAUAACACAUCUGCCUUAUCAAGGAACAUCCCACGUUCUUUCUCUUUCCGCACUGCAUGCCAGGUUUGCCCUGAUCACCGGAGAAAAAAAGAAAAACGUCAGAUGGGUUCGUUUCAGACGCCGAUGGGAAUGCGAAGCUCCACGCUUUUGGAAACUUCGUGCGGAUACUUGCUUCAGGAAUUGCAGAUGAUUUGGAAUGAAGUUGGGCAAGAUCAGUUUGAAAGGGAGAAGGUGCUGCUGGAUUUAGAGCAAGAAUGUCUGGAGGUUUAUAGGAAGAAGGUUGAUACUGCAAAUACCUCGAGAGCUCGCUUGCACCAGGAGUUGGCUGAAGCUGAGGCUGAGUUCACCCAUCUUCUUCUGUCGCUGGGCGAACGGUCUCUCCCUGGACGGCCAGAAAAAUUGGCGGGAACGCUGAAAGAGCAGCUGGAUUCACUCACGCCGGCAUUGAGGGAGAUGAGAUUGAGGAAAAAAGAUAGGGUGAAUAAGUUUCGAGCAGUACAAGGGCAAAUUCAGAAAAUUUCUGCAGAAAUAGCAGGUCAGUCAGAGUACGGAGACUUAUCAUCAAAUAUCGUGGUGAAUGAGAAUGAUCUUUCGUUGAAAAAACUAGAGGAGUAUCAGACGGAGCUACAAACACUCCACAACGAGAAGAAUGAAAGGCUCAUGAGAGUCGAAAAAUAUAUAGAUGCAGUCCACAAUUUGUCUUCGAUAUUAGGAACAGAAGCCUCAAUGGUAAUCACCAAGGUUCAUCCAAGCUUGAAUGAAUUAUGUGGGUUGGCCAAAAACAUAAGCAACAAUAUUUUGGCUAAACUUAACAGCACAGUUGAAUCCCUAGAGGAAGAAAAGCAAAAGCGACUCGAAAAGCUUCACCAUCUUGGCAAAGUAUUGACAAACUUAUGGGAUCUCAUGGACACACCCUAUAAAGAUCGUCAAUCGUUUUCCCAUGUCACUGGCUUAUUAUCACUCUCAUCGGCAGAAGUAUCAGAUCCAGGAAGCCUGACCCUAAAUAUAAUACAACAGGCCGAAGCUGAAGUCAAGAGACUGGAUCACUUAAAAGCAAGCAAGAUGAAAGAACUAUUUUUCAAGAAACAGAAUGAGCUCAAGGAGAUAUGCAAUAAAUCGCACAUGGAAAUUCCUUUGCAAUCAGAGAUUGAUAAUCUUAUUAACCUCAUCAACUCUGGGGAGAUUGACCAUGCAGAUCUCCUAAUGAGCUUGGAUCAACAGAUAUCAAGAGCAAAGGAAGAAGCUUCUAGCAGAAUGACUAUCAUGGAAAAGGUGGAGAAGUGGAUGCUAGCACGUGACGAGGAGCGUUGGUUGGAAGAAUACACUAGAGACGAGAACCGGUACUCAGUCAGCAGAGGUGCACACAAGAACCUGAGACGUGCAGAACGUGCCCGAGUAUUAGUCAACAAAAUCCCAGCUUUGGUGGAUUUGCUAAUAACAAAUACUAAGAGUUGGGAAGAAGAAAGAAAGAAAACUUUCUUGUAUGAUGAGACUGGUAUUCCAAGUCAACUACAAUUUCAGGGAAAACAUGUCAUGCAGGUACCACUCCUAGAAAUGUUGGAAGAGUAUAAUGUGCUAAGGCAGGAAAAGGAGGAGGAUAAGCAAAGACAACGGGAAGUGAAGAAGGUCCAAAGCCAAGUAGUAGUUGAGCAAGAAAAUCUGUUCAUAACCAGGCCAAGCACCAGUACAAGGCGAACUUCAAGCAGGACUUUGAAUGGAGGUUUUAGCAACGCCAUGCCUCUAAACAGAAGGCUUUCACUAGGCCUUCAGCAAUUGGGACCAAACAGUGUAAACUCAGCCCCUCAAGGCAUUUCCUUUAUGAAGGAAGGCAAGAAGGCACACAGACAAAAGAUGUCUGCUCGACCUGGCCUUGUUUCUCAUCUUAGAGAUGAAACAGCUUCAGUGGUGUCAACGUUUUCUGGUCCACAAUCUCCCUGAAUUGUGUCUGAUUUGCCAAUUGCCAUGUCCUACGGGGGAGGAGAAAGGCGUGAGAGCUAGUUGCGCGGAAAGACCUAAUAGAUCAUCCAGAAGAAUAAGUUCAGUUUAGUAAUUCAGCUAAAGAGACUGUAUUUUAAGAAUUACCCCAGUACCAGCAAGAGAGUCUAGAAUUUUUAGACAACUGUAAUUGCAAAUAAAAAUAAACAAGUUCUAAGA